AUGUACAGAUUCAGAGGGCAUAAGGCAGUGAUAACUGGAGGUUCAAAGGGUUUGGGAAAAGCAAUAUCUCAGAAAUUGGCUCUGCAGGGAUGUUCGGUUGUGCUAUUGGCCAGAAGUAGAGAUUUACUUGAACAGAAUGUAAAAGAGCUACCAAAGGUGACAGACAGCCAACAACAUAGUUAUCUACUUGUAGAUUUGCAAAGCUUAUCCAGGGAGAGUCCAUCAAGUAAAAUAUACAGUCAAUUAGCUAAUUGUUUCGAGAACACUUCAAUUUUGGUGAAUUGUGCUGGCAUAACGACGAGGAACUUGCUUUCAAAAUCUACUAGCGAAGAGAUCAACACAGUAAUAGAUUUGAAUCUAAUAGCUCCGAUAAUAUUAAGCAAAUUGGCUUACAAGCCCAUGUUGAAGAAAUCAAGAAAGUUACUGCGAGAUACCACAGAGGAAAUCAAUUCUCCCACAAUUCUUAAUAUUUCCUCGGUGCUAUCGAUGACAAACAUCUCUAUUCCUGGAACAUCUAUUUAUGCUGCCAGUAAAGCAGGUCUAUUGGGCUUUACGAGGUCAUUAGCAGCAGAAUUGGGAGGAAGAGUAAGAGUGAAUGCAUUGAUGCCUGGAUUGAUUCCAGAUACUGAAAUGGGUGCUGCCACUGAUUUGGCAGAUAAGAUACAGACAGUAGCCAUGUCUGCUGUUGUUGACCAGGCAGUGUCAAUCAUAGGUGAUAAUACCUUAAACGGGAAGUGUUUAUUGUGUGAUUCGACAGUCCAAGAAAUGUAA